CUCCUCCCCCCUCCCCGCCUCCCGUUGGGUCAGGUGACCUGCCGGCGUCACAUGACCGCCGCGCGCCGAGCCGGAAGUGCCGCGCCGCCGUCGCCGACCCGUGGUAAUGACAUGGCCUCCGCCAGCUGCAGCAGGGCCGGGGCAGGGCUGCCCUGUGAGAAAUCCCAGCUCUUGCUGAAAGUGGUGUCCAUGAAGCCGAAGGUGUACAGCCGCCAGUCCCGAAUCAACAGCUACGUGGAAGUGACGGUGGAUGGACUUUCCAGUGAGACCAAGAGGACGGGGAAGCGGACUGGGAGCUCCGAGCUGCUCUGGAACGAGACCUUCACCCUGAAUGUCACCUCCCAGAGUCUCCUGGAUCUGAAGGUCUGGAGCUGCCACGCCCUGAGGAAUGAGUUGCUGGGCAUGGCCUCCAUCAACCUAGCCAUCCUCCUGAAGAAGAGCAGCGGGAAAUUAGAGAACACGCAGCUGAUCCUGAACCUGCAGACGGAGAACAAAGGCAGCGUUGUCUCUGGUGGAGAGCUGACGAUUUUCCUGGACGGGCCGACUGUUGAUCUGGGAAGCCUGCCUAAUGGCAGUGCCGUGACAGAGGGGUCUCAGCUGCCCAGACAGGAAUCCAGCAGCACUGCGGCAGCUGCAGAAAGCCGCCACCAGCCUCCCAGCACCAAAUGCUUUGGCAGCAAGUCCAGGACGCACAGACACACAGCGGGAGCAGCCAGGCAGAAUGCGGGGAACAGCGAGGCCAGCCCCAGCACCAGGACACGGCACCAGCAGCUAGCCAAGAGCCAGAGUCAGGGCAGCACAGUGAAUGGCACAGUGAAUGGUGACUCUGCAGGGGCCACCGACACUGAGGAGGAGCGGUCUGCAGUGGGCACAGCCUCCCCACCAGCAGUGGCAUUGAGUGCGACUAGCAGCUCCACAGCAGCUGCCCUGCCUGCCGCAGCUGUGCCUGGGGAAGCAGAGGAGCCAGCCUCUGGCUCAGGCACGCAGCAGCCCCAGGAGGCCACGCAGGUCCUGGAUGCGCUCCCACCUGGGUGGGAGCAGCGAGAGCUGCCUAAUGGCCGGGUCUAUUAUGUGGACCAUAACACCAAGACGACCACCUGGGAGAGACCUCUUCCCCCAGGGUGGGAGAAGCGGGUGGACCCCCGCGGCAGGUACUACUACGUGGACCACAACACCCGCACCACCACCUGGCAGCGCCCCACGGCCGAGUACGUGCGCAACUACGAGCAGUGGCAGUCGCAGCGGAGCCAGCUCCAGGGCGCCAUGCAGCAGUUCAGCCAGCGGUUCCUCUACCAGUCGUCCAGCGCCGCAUCCGACAAUGACCCUCUCGGCUCCCUUCCUCCCGGCUGGGAAAAGAGACAGGACAAUGGGCGAAUGUAUUACGUGAACCACAACACGCGGACCACGCAGUGGGAAGACCCUCGCACACAGGGGAUGAUGAUGCAGGAGCUGGCCCUGCCCCUGGGCUGGGAGAUGAAGUACACCAGCGAAGGCGUGCGCUACUUUGUGGAUCACAACACCCGCACCACCACGUUCAAGGACCCGCGCCCCGGGUUCGAGUCCGGGAGCAAGCAGGGGGGCUCGCCGGGGGCUUACGACCGCAGCUUUCGCUGGAAGUACCACCAGUUCCGCUUCCUGUGUCACUCGAACGCGCUGCCCAGCCAUGUGAAGAUCAGCGUUUCCCGGCAGACGCUCUUUGAGGACUCCUUCCAGCAGAUCAUGAACAUGAAGGCCUACGACCUGCGGCGCCGGCUGUACAUCAUCAUGCGCGGUGAGGAGGGGCUGGACUACGGCGGCAUCGCCCGGGAGUGGUUCUUCCUCCUGUCCCACGAGGUGCUCAACCCCAUGUACUGCCUCUUCGAGUACGCUGGGAAGAACAACUACUGCCUGCAGAUCAACCCUGCCUCCUCCAUCAACCCCGACCACCUCACCUACUUCCGCUUCAUCGGCCGCUUCAUCGCCAUGGCUCUGUACCAUGGGAAGUUCAUCGACACCGGCUUCACGCUGCCUUUCUACAAGCGCAUGCUGAACAAGCGGCCCACGCUGAAGGACCUGGAGUCCAUCGACCCUGAGUUCUACAACUCCAUCGUCUGGAUCAAGGAGAACAGCCUGGAGGAGUGCGGCCUGGAGCUCUACUUCAUCCAGGACAUGGAGAUCCUGGGCAAGGUGACGACCCAUGAGCUGAAGGAGGGCGGCGAGAGCAUCCGGGUGACAGAGGAGAACAAGGAAGAGUACAUCAUGCUGCUGACAGACUGGAGGUUCACGCGGGGCGUGGAGGAGCAGACCAAGGCCUUCCUGGAUGGCUUCAACGAGGUGGUGCCACUGGAGUGGCUGCGGUACUUUGACGAGAAGGAGCUGGAGCUGAUGCUGUGCGGCAUGCAGGAGAUCGACAUGAACGACUGGCAGAAGAACACGAUCUACCGGCACUACACCAAGAACAGCAAGCAGAUCCAAUGGUUCUGGCAGGUUGUCAAGGAGAUGGACAACGAGAAGAGGAUCCGGCUGCUGCAGUUUGUGACGGGGACCUGCCGCCUGCCGGUCGGAGGAUUCAUGGAGCUCAUCGGCAGCAACGGGCCGCAGAAGUUCUGCAUCGAUAAGGUUGGCAAGGAGACGUGGCUGCCGCGGAGCCACACCUGCUUUAACCGCCUGGACCUUCCCCCCUACAAGAGCUACGAGCAGCUGAAGGAGAAGCUGCUUUAUGCCAUCGAGGAGACAGAGGGCUUUGGCCAGGAGUGAGGGAGCUGGCCUUUCCCUGCCCGACCAGGCUGCCUGAGUGCCCAGCAGGUGCCAGGAACAGGCUGCGUGCUGUGAGCGCCUGCUUGGGGUGGAGGCAGGAGGAGCCCAUGCCAGUUCCUCUCUCCUUCCUCCCCAGAGGCAGCUGCAGCCAGCGGUAGCCUCUUGUCAUUUGUGCCAGCGCCGCGCGAGGGGGACAGGCCUGUGCUCCCUCCCAGAGCAGUGCGAGCUGCUCUGGGAGGCAGGGGCAGGGAGGGCACCAGCACCUUGCGGAGUGGGGCAGGGGCAUCUGGCCCCCUGGGGAGGGGUCUCUGGCUACGUUCAUGCUAAACUGUCCCUAGCCCAGUGCCUGAGCUGCUGAUCCUGGGGUCUGAGGCCCAGGCACAGCGGGGACUCCUGCCCCCUCUCCCACAAACGCCUCUCUAUCCCCACCCAUGCCCGGGGCAGAGCCACCUCACCAAAGACGCGGGCGCGAUCGUUACCUCUCCCCGGCACGGGGUGUUGCGGGAGCCAGGCAGCGGAUUCAGAGCACGCCCGGUUCCUCCUCUGUGCCGCGUAUUCGUGCUCCUCGCAUCCCGGAGCUGCUGGGCCACGUCCCUGCAGCCCUUUGGAGUGAGGCUUCUGCCCGGAGCCGCGGGCGGCCAGAGCCCAGGCUUUGCCGAGGGCACUUGCUACGCUCCAGAGCCGGGACGGGGCUCUGUAUAACGAGCUGCAGUUAAAAAGGGGAGGAGGGGGGCACUGGUUUUCACGGGGAGCUCUUCCCAUGUUUUCCCUGCCUCUUGGGGCGUCCUGCUGCACGGGGCAAAAUGGGAAGUCAGCUCUGGCUUUGGCAGCCACGGAGUCUUACACACGUGAGCCCUUGGCAGAGGCAAGGCCAAAACUCCCAUUGGCUUUCCUGGGAAGGGGUCAGGCCCCAGGCCGGGGAGCCACCCUCCCCGACUGCCCUUUUCCUCACGCCGCAGCUCGUGGGCUCGCCGGGGCCAUGCACAGAGCGAGUGGGCUUGUGAAUUUGGCCCCCAGAAGCUGGGGCUGGGGGCGGGGAGGACUCCGGGGCAGGCUGGCCUGGCUGGGGCCCAGGCCCCGAAGCUGGGGGCUGUGCUGCUUGCUGUGUGUUUCGGUUUGCGAGUGCGUGGCCCGCGUGCUCUUUAUUUAAUGAUACGAGCGGGAGGCAGCGCUUGGCCGUGGUGCUCCUCGGUCCGCGCCGCGCAGCUCUGUCCCGGUGCGGGCACACAGCACCCCGUUCUCACUCCGGGCCUGCAGCCGCGGAACGGGCACCCCCAUCUCGAACCAGCCACCUUAACUUCUUGAAGCAACGACCUUUCCCGCCGCGCCCCGUGGCCGGCAGCUGAGCACCCUCGCGGGGCCUGGGCCUGGUCUCCGGGCUUAAGCGCAGACUCGGGGCCUGAUGCUCCGGAUUCACCGCCCCGGUGCGAGUCAGACGCCCAGAACUGAGGCAGAAGCAGGCCCUCCGCCAGGGCCGUGCUGCCCCUUCCUUCCUCGGCAGCUUCUGCUGGUCUGAGCCGCGGCCCCGGAGCCCUUCCUGGCAGGCUGGCGAGCAGCAGCGGCCUGGGUGUGUGCGUGUGAGCGUGCGUGUGUGUGAGCAUCCGUGUACAUAUCUGUACAGAAACGAAGUCUAUGGAUACAAAAAAAAAAAGGCAAUAGCUUUUGAUGGGUAACCUGGAUAGUUUUGUACUGCACCAUCCUGCCUCAGUGACGCCGAUUUCUUGUGCAAUAAACAAUAAGCAGCUGCU